AUGGCAUUUGGAUGGCCACGUUUUAAUUUUUUCGAUAAGAAUAUUGUCUUAGAUCCUAAAGACUCAGAAGCAAAGUUUGUCGGGUUACAGCAUGUUAGCAUCGCUUGUUGGUGUAGUGAAGGGGAUCAAACAUAUUUAGGUGAAGGAACAGGCGGAAUAUUCCGUUUGAGUAAAACACUAGAUGAGUUUUAUUGGAAAGGCUAUCAACGCUCAUUAGCCGACUUGCAUUUCACGCGUCCUUAUUUAUUUUCUGUUGGAGAAGAUGAUGAGGUUCAAGGAUCAAUUUUUAAAAUAUGGGAAACGAACAGCGAAGGAGAAACCACAUUGAAAAAAACUGUUCCAAUAUCAGAUCACCUUGGAGCAAAUUGCAUUUUGGCCACCUCAAUCGCUGUGCACUCGCAGCUAUCAGAUAUUGUGAUUGGUUUCUCUGAUGGAUCAGUUGUUUUAUAUCAAGGAGAUAUACUGAAAGACAAAAGCUUCCGAUGGCUCAAAGUUCGUGAAAGCAAUCGCUUGGAAGGUCCAAUCACAGGAUUGGCAUUGCUGAAACUGAGUGAUAAAGUCAUAAUCUUCACAAUCACAGCAAACGUUUUAUAUUUUUACAUAGUGGAAAACAAGACAAUCAAGAAAAGUGUUAAGCAUUCCUCUACAGGAGCAACAAGAGACUGUUGGAGCUUUGAUGAGCGCUUAGGACAACUCAUUCUUGCUGAUCAAGACAUUGUAUAUAUUAUCUAUGAUGAACAAAGUGCAACAGAUGACAUAUUUAUGGGAGGAUCGUACCGAUUGGUUGAGAAAGCGGAAAAAUUGCAAAUUGUAUCAAUUGGAGAACACAUAGUAUUACUAACUAAACAACAAGCUUUGAUUCCAUCGUCCGAGACUGAGUUCAUGUCGAUGGUCACAGUCUAUGACAUGAAAGGACAAUAUAUUGCAUUUUCUUGCUCACUCCCGUCACUAUGCAGAAUAUUCUCCUUGGAUGAUAAUCUGAUGAUUCAAUGCAAAGAUGGUCCCCUUUCAAUCUUGGUUGAGAGAAACUUGAGCGCUAAGCUUGAUAUCCUUUUCAAGAAAAACUUAUAUGAUGUUGCUGUUGUACUAGCUAAAAGAGAUCAGGAAGGGCAGCAGUAUUUGAAGUUGAUACAUUAUAAGUAUGGAGAUCAUCUUUACGGCAAAGGAGAUUUCGAUAACGCUAUCAACCAGUAUAAGGAAACCAUCGGUAUGGUCCAAUCAUCAUAUGUUAUUAAGAAGUUCCACGACGAUACAAGACUGAAGCAACUCUGUGUAUAUCUGAACGCUUUACAUGAUAGGAAGCUAGCCAAUAGCCAUCACACGGCUAUUCUCAUUCAAUGCUAUGCAAGAUUACGUGAAGAGGAGAAGUUGAACAAGUUCAUAAACGAUGUUGAGAACAACAUGGAGUCUGAUAUGGACGUCGCAUUACAGGUGCUAAGGAACUGCGGUAUGUACGAGAAAGCUAAAAUGUUGGCGAAAAAGUUGAAAAGGCACGAUAUAGCUCUAGCUGUACUUAUCGAGGAUUUGAGUGAAUAUAACAAUGCUUUGGAAUAUUUGAAGGAUCUGGCUGAAAAAAAAAAUAAUAUGAGCUCGUACAUCGAAAAAUUUGGCAGAAUCCUAUACGAUAAUUGUCCAUCAGAAACAAUGAGUCUACUCCUAUAUCUUCUUGAAAAUGCUGAAAUAGCUGAAAUAGACCCAUCUCAACUACUCACAGUUUUUAUGGGUGACUCUGAAAAAAGUGCCGAUUUCAUUGAAAGUGCUCUGGAGAAGGUUUCCUUGAAUCAACGUGCAAUUCUGUUGGAUACGAUUCUUGAAAUACGAUUGAGAUCAUAUUCAAGCAAAGAAAUUACCGAUGAUGACUGCAGAAAGAUGAUAAUUCCAUAUAUAGAUGAACCAACUCCACACUUAUUCUAUUUGGCCCAAUUAUUCGAUUGCUCUCCCGUGCUAGAAUACUUGUACACUCAAACGAACAGAGUGAAAGAUCUUCUUCAUUAUUACAUGAAACAGAACAAAUUGAAAAACAUAAUGAGGCUUUGCAGGCAAAUAAGUAGCAAAGAAUUGUGGUUAGAAACGUUAGUUUAUGUUUCAAAACUGGAUACCAUCAAAGAUGAUAGCUCUAUCAAGGAAUUAUUGAAAGGCAUUGAAGAGUCAAAGUCAAUCCAUCCUCUUGUUGUAAUGGACAUCUUAUCUAAGAGCCCUUGCUUGAAAAUAUCUGCCGUCAAAAACUUCGUCGGGAACUGGCUCGAGAAGCAGCAAAAGCAGAUAGAAGCGGACAAAGCCGCAAUUGAAUGGGGUGAAAAGAGGGUUGGAGAAAUUGAGCAUUUGGUAGAUUCGAUCAAAUUCGACACACAAGUUGUCCAAGUAAUAAGGUGCUGUGCUUGUGAUAAUGCUCUCCAACUGCCUGCGGUUCAUUUUCUCUGUAAGCAUAGUUAUCAUGUGCACUGUCUCGAGUCCUAUUCCGAAAAAGGAGAUAGAUGUCCAGCAUGUUUCUCCGGUUCCAACACAACUGAAUCCCGUACUACAGAAAAACCUAAUGAUCGUCAAGUCUAUACGAAAUUCCAACAUGAGCUCAAUACUGCCGUCAAUUGCAUGGAUUUAAUAUCCUGUUAUGUGAAAUCAGGCUUGUUCGAUGACUCCCAAAAACAAACGAGAAAGGAAUCAACAUCAAAGGAAUCUUCGAACCCUUUCUCGAGUAGCGAAGUAAAACCGUCAGCUAGAGCUGUUGAAACACGGAAGCCGACUAGCUACAAUCCCUUUGACGAAGAGUGA